AUGGUCCUAAUAUUAGUGGCUAUCUCAAUAAAGGCUUUAAAUGAUUUUGGCACAAUCUAUUUAACAUACAAUGAGUCAACCACUCUUAGACUUCACGAUUAUUUCUCACAAAAUGAAAUAGAUUUCUAUAUAUCAAAUACGAAUGCGACAGAAAAAGAUAUUAUUUUAAAGCACAAAUCAAGUCUGGACUUAAUUUCAUACAUUUCCACUCCUCUAGGCUCAUUCGAAGAUAAUUCUACUCAAUUUAGCCAGCAGUUCCCAUAUUUUGAGCUUUCAGAAGGGAUCAUCUUCUUUAGGCAUGAUGAUAAUUAUCUUUUUUCUUAUAGGUUUUCCAAAAAUAGCCAAAAAAUAGAAAAAUUAUGAUCAAUGCAAGUUGUGAAUGGCACAAUUUCUCAAGUUAUAGCUUUUUAUAUUCUUAGUACUCCAUAUUUGCUUAUAUCAUCCAGAUUUUGCACUAAUAGCGCUUGAGAUUUGUGAGAAAGUGAAUUAUACAUUCUUGAGCUGAUAGAUUUUAUUAAUCCUGGAUUUCUCGUCAAGCUUGAUAUUUGAGAUAUAAAAUACUUGUCAGAUUUUAAAAUUUUUGCAGGUAAAGACAAUUUAAAUUGUUUUAUUAUCUCUGGAAAGUUUAAUAGUGGAAAACAAUCUUUGUUCUUUUAUAAAGCUUUAUUUUCGAAUGAAAUAAACUUUUAUUUAGUUCAGUCAUUUGAUUAUUAUAUAGGCUUAGCUGAGUUUGAAAGCAAUGAUUUAAAUGCUAUUCAAGGAAUUCCUACAAUAAAUCAGUUUUUAAUAUUAGACUCAAAAUUAGGCCUAUUUAUUUAUGAUUCUUUCCAUAGAGCAGGUUUAAGCUUUAGAGGCUAUCUUGAUCUAAGAAAAUAUGGCAAUUUAUAUAGCUUAUCUUUUAUACUAGACCUUCAGUUAUACAUAAUUGGAUCAGACGCUGGAGCAAUUUUAAUUUCCUCUAACUCCCCCCCCCCCUCCGUGAGCGAACAAAAAAAUUUUGUUCGCUCACGGAGGGGGGUUAAUUUUUUUUUUUAAAAAAAUUUAUAUAUAAAUUUUAUAAAAAAUAUUUUUUUCGAAAUUAAAAAAAUCCUAAUUUGCAAAAAUUGGGAAGCAAAUAUUAAUUUAAUUUGCAAAAUUUAUGUUUUAAAACGCAAUUUGUUUAAAAUUAAACAGAAUUAGCUCUAGAUUUCAUUAUACUAAUUAUCACUUAUAUAUCAAAAUUUUUUUCCAUUAAAAUUUUUUCUAUUAAAAAAAUUUUUGUUCACUCACGGAGGGUGGGUUUUUUGGUCAAAAAAUGGCGAUUUUUCUAAUGGUUUUGUUCGCUCACGGAGGGGGGGGGGGGAGUAAGCUUUAUCAUAAUGAAUAUUCUUUGAUCACAAUUUAUGAUGUGAUUGGAAAACUUGUGCCAACAAUUAAUGCAGACAAGUAUGGCAGUUUGUGUUUUCUCCAAAUAGAGUUGGAAGAAUCUCGCCAUUUACUUGUUUUUGAAUUGGCAGGCUCUGAAUCUUAAUCUUAAUUAAUCUAUGCAUGCUUAACGCCUAUCAGGCUGCUGGACCUCAGGGUUAAAUUUCGCCCCAUUUUUCCUGUGGCCGUCUCUGAUUUUGAUCACCAAAGGAGGACGUCAGUCUUGAAGUGUGGGCUAUGAUGAAUCUUCUGAAAGCUCAAGCACUUACUCGGGUCAGAUCAGCACCCUAAAGAUCCCCAUCUCAACCGCUCUGGAACCCAGAAAAUUCGAGCAAAGACAUAUUUUAAUUAUAGGAACUCUAAAUCAGCUCCUCCACAGUUUUUAGGAAAUUUCAACUUGAAAAAGAUAGUUGGGAAUGAUUUCAAUAGGAAAGGAAUGUGGAUGCUAUUACAAAUAGAAAGCAAAACAGUUUACAUUAGACAUGAUUUUGAUGGAAUUAGAAUAUUUGCUUUAAAUUUGGAAGAUUGAACUUUAAAAUUAUGAGGAAAUAACUCUGUUUAUGCUGAGAUUAUUGGAAAAUCUAAUAAUUCAAAAAAAAAGAUUGUUAAAAAAUCACUUAACGUUAUUUCUAUUCCAUUAGGAUCACAUGAAAUUUAUUCCUUAAAUUCAGCAGAACACAAUAAAUCAAUAUAGUGUAUUAAAUAUAUUUUUUAUCCCUCGAUGUGCUAAAGCUGAAUUUUAAUAUGUUGAAAUAAAAAUAAUCAUACUUUUGCAUGCUUAAUAGAAAGAUAGAAGAAACUAUUCGAAAGUAUCAUAGAUUUAUACUUGGGUUUGAACAACCAAUACCUUUCGCUUAUUCCUCAAGUUUACCUCUCAGGACCCAACCUAACAUAUGAAAUAAAGAGCACUGACUUUUCGGAACUUUUUAAUGCUUGUCUAAUAACACCCAAAUCUGAACAAACUGAAAUACUAUUACCAGAAAAUACUGAAAAAAUCUCGUUAUCUUAUUCCAAAAUUGCCUGUUCUUCUCGAAAUAUCAUUAAAUUUAACAAACCAAACUUUAUAUUAGAUUUGAUUCUGCCAGACUCGUUAAAUAUUCUAAAUAUCAUAUGAACUUUAAACUUCAAUAACUAUCUAAUAAUUGAAGUUGAAGAAAACUUACAUUACACAAUCAUGGUAUAUAGAAUAGAUAUACAUGGGAAUAGCUAUAGGAUUUGCCCUAGGAUGGCGCUAUAUGGCGCCAUCCUAGGGCAAGCGAAAAUUGGCUCCACACGGGAACCGUAUUCCACGUGUGGAGCCAUUUUUCCACGUGUGGAAUCCACAUUUUCCCACGUGGAAAAAAUGGCUCCACACGUGGAACACAAUUCCCGUGUGGAGCCGUGUCUCCAAUUGCCCGAGGAUGGCGCAAUAUAGCGCCAUCCUCGGGCAAUUUCUAUAUUUAUUUUCAAAAAUACACUCGAAUAUUGAUUGCUUAUUUUUCAAAUCUUAUAAUGCUGAUGGAAUUGAAGUUUUUGCAUGUGCUCAUCAUGUUAAAAAUAAAAUGGUGUCUCGACUUGGGCAUUGUAUUAAUGCAUCUCGGGCACUUAUUUAUAUCUGGCAAGGCUUUGCCAACCCAGAAUAGACAGCUAUGCUAGUAAAGCAAUUUUGCCUAGCAUUAGUCCACUCACGAUUGGUUUUUAUCUUGAGGGAAAGGUAGGCUCAGAGGUGGGGUUCAGCAGCAUCUACAGGUAGUACCUAGACUAUUCGGACAACUCUCUAGCGUGAAACCGAGAAUUAAGCCUCAGGCUGGAUUUGAGUGAGGGUGAGUCAUCUUACUCAAAGAAGCUCUUCCUGUCGAUAUUACAUAAAGGCGUAUCCCCUACGGGGAUCCUUGGUAAUUGUAAUAACCAAUAGGCGAGCAGCCAAGACCUUUAAUAAGUUUAAGUUUAAGCAUGCGCUGAUCAUGAAAAUAUUGAUGUAUAUUUAAUUAGUAUGACGAUUGAGAAAUGGUUAUCAUUUGACAGAGAGUGUCUAAAGUUUGAUGGAAAUUUUUGAAUAACUGGAUUAGAAUUUUUUGCUAGUCAGGUAUUGCUACCCCACAAAAUAUUUGAUAUAGAGUCUGCAUCGCUAUUGAUUUCCUUUUACACUCUUGUUCGUGGCAACAUGGAGCUCUGUUAAGCCACUUAAAGACGAAAAGUUAACUUCAAGAGGACAAAAGCUCAUUCUUUUGCAAGGAUUUGCCAAAAUAGAAUGACUUGAUAGCUUUAGGUGACUUGUCAGAGCCCCAAAUUUCCUUUAAGAUGCUGGCAAAAGACAAGUAAUAGUGGUGCAAACUUUAUAUCGAAAUUUUAAUAUAUGUUGCCUUUUUCAAUGAAAUUUCUCUUAUUAAAAUUAGAUUAGACAGAUUUAAAGGAUUUAUAAACAUUGAUUAUAAAUUUGCUGACCUUCAAAAUGAAAUCAUUGAUCUUUCUAUUACGUUUGACCAUAUUGCCUUACUUUUUGCUGACUGCAAAGUUGGUAUAUAUGACAGGAACUUAUCAAUAGUAAAAACUUUGGUUCACGGGUUUUGAUAGUGUGACAUUUCCUAUAAAAUUAAAUUUUUUUAUCAAUAUCGCCUAAAUUUCUCGAAGAAUUGUUACACUAUCAAAAUGUUCCUAUCAAAUGGCAUCCAGCCCAAAAACUCUUGGGCCUCAUUAUAAAGGAAAAGCCAAAGGAAUUCUGGCUAGAGGCUUAAUUAUAUUUAUACAAGUUAAUAAUGAAAUCCUUGUUUAUGACUGAGGUUUCUUAGCUCAUGACGCAUUAAAAUAUUCAUUUUUAAUAGGCAGUUCUUGCAGGCUGGCUAAUGAAUUACAAAAAGAAUUGUCAUUUUCAAACAUGGAAAUUCCUAUUCUUUGCAAAACAAGUGAAAAGUUUGCUUUAGAAUGAUAUACACUUCAAUGCUAUAGUCAAUAUUUAUACUUCAAUCGAUGCUAUAAUUUUGGUCUCAUAGAAUUAAAAUCGAUGCAAGAAUUGACAAAGAAUUUUGUAAAAGAAGGCAAAAUAUCAAUUUUAGCCCAAAAUUCUGUAUAUCACUCUACAAUAGAAAUAAAGGUAAAUUUGCAUAUAAAUGGAGAUAAAAUCUGAGUGGAUGAAGCCAAAUUCCCAUCUAAAUUGAAUGUCCCAUAUAGCAGAGAUAAAAUGAUUGAUUUAAACAGCAUUGUCCAUGGGAACAAUACCUAUAUAUGUACGAAAAUAAAUGGUUUAAUGUAUGAAGACAUAAACCUUGCCUAUUCCCCAAUUCUUCUCCACAGAAAUUUUAAUGAAAAACUAUCAUUGCCAUUAGGAAAAAAUAAUUUAAGCCCUGGCCAUUUUUAUGUGAAAGCUGCAAACAAACUAAUUCUUUUAACAGAUUCAGAUUCAGAACUUAUUAUUUUAAAUUUUAAUUAUGAAAACUCUACAAUAGAUGCACAGUUGGCUUUAAAGUAUUUAGUCAACAGUAUCAAUAUAAGGUGUUUAAGCAUCAAUACAAUUGACUUUGAUGACAAUACUAUUUUGAUAUUUAUCAUUUGCGUUUGUGGGAAUGAGAAUGAAGUGCUUUGGAAUGAAAAAAUAAAUCGCUUCUACCAAAAAGAUAGAGCGCUAAUACUUAUAGUUGAGUAUGAUUAUCUGAGAAAGCAAGUUCUGAAAUCAAAGUAUGUCCCUCUGUUUUUAUCAAAUUACGAUUUGAAAUCUGUCAAACUAAGUAAUCAGAGAUUUGAAAUCUUUCUAUUUGAACAUUAUAAAACUGCUGCACAAUCUUGAAUUAAUAAGCAUAUCAUUAGAUUUGAAGGUAGCAGGAGUAAAAGUACAAUUGAGAUUAGCAAGAAAGAGGAAAUUGAUACUUUAUCACUUGGGCUUGACUUAUUUUUAGUAGAAUCAGCUGAUAUAGUAUUAUCAAGAUUUGGCCAAAUAUUUCUAUAUGUUAUAGAUUCAAUGUAUGGAUUAAGAAUCAUUAGGAUGCAAGAAAAUGGCCCAGCUGAAAUUGUAGGUGGCAUAACUCAUCAAAGUCCAAAUUAUUUCAAAUAUGCAUACUCUUUUAGAAAUCUCCUCUAUAUUAUAACUGAGAAAAUGGAAUUAUUAGAAUAUAUUAUUGAUGAUUUCCAAACGCCAGCCCUUUCACGAGUAUUUUAUUCAGAUUCAAAUAGGGUGUGGGAGAUUUUAUCGAUUAGAUUAAUUUCUUAUCCAGCGAGCAGUUAUAUUAUUGCUUCAUUCCAAAAAUAUGAUAAAGGUAUUAAUUUAAGAAUUUGAAAUGAGUAUGACUGAUAUGAUUUACUAAUUGAAGACGCCUUAGAUGUAUAGAUUUUUACUAUAGAUGGCGCCAUCAGCUCAUGAACUGGUCGCUUACUCUAUGUUUUGGUUCGGCCAAUAUUAUUUUUUGGUCAGACUUGCUUAAAAUUUGGUUCGACCAAAAAUAGCCUUAACCAAACCAAAACAUAAAGUAAGCGGCCAAUUCAUGAGCUAAUAGUGCUAUCUAUAGUAAAAGCAUAUAUUUGCUUUUGAAAGCGAUCUAGGCGAGAAGAAUAUGCUUUCUUUUAUAAAUAUUCACAAUUCAACGUUCAAUCUAAUCUCUUUGGAUAAAUGAUAUAUUAAUGUUCCAAUAUAUGGGCAAAAAAGAGGUGAAGAAAUUGAGAAAAUAUGAGGCACAGAUGAGUUUAGAAUACAAUUUUAUGCAAAUAAUACUUAUAGUAAUGCUACCUCUUCAGUAAUGGUUCUGAAAAGAGGACAUGCUCAAUCAAAUAACUCACCUCCUUGAUGGUUAUGGAUUUUCAUGCUCGCUGCAGCUGCAAUUAUUUUAUUCAUAAUUGGUCAUUGUGUAUGCUAUAUGAGAAAUAAGAAAAAUAAAAGAGACUAUGAAUUGAUUAAUGAAGGAUUGAUGCUAAAAGAAAUUAAUCAGGUAUCUUAA